UCCGAAACGUCACCUAUUCCUUCUCUGCAGAGAUGCCGCCCGUCCCGCUGAAUGACUCCAGCUUUGUGUUUCGACUUGCAGUUCCUUCCUGGGCAAUGUUUAGAACCUGCACUCGCGCAUGCGCGCCGGCCUGUGCGCACUCCGGAGCGGCAGAGUGCGCGCAUGCGCCAUCGCCCGGCCGCGGCCGCGCCGCUUCGUCUUUAAGUUGUGUCUCGCCGAGUGCGAGGCGAUCAGUAACGGAGACGGGCGAGGUGGAGGAGGAAGAGGCGCUCGAUUUUGGGUGUUCAACAGAAAUGACAACAAACCCUCCAGCGCCAGAUCUUCAAAACAAAAAUCGUGCUGCUAUCUUGGUAGAACUGCAACAGGAGAAGAAAAAGUUGAUAAUGCAGAAUCAGUCAUCUAUGAACAACCCUGGAGCUAGUCUUCCACUAUCAAGGCCUGCUUUUGCUAAAGAUUUUCGGGACCAUGCAGAACAACAGCAUAUUGCAGCACAACAAAAAGCUGCCUUGCAGCAUGCACAUGCACACUCAUCAGGAUAUUUCAUAACUCAAGACUCUGCUUUUGGAAAUCUUAUUCUUCCUGUAUUGCCUCGGUUGGAUCCAGAAUAAGCAUUCACAAAGACAAUUUCAAUGUUGGGGAGAUUCUUUUCAGAAAUCAGACUACUUGUCGCAUUUGAAAGAAUACCAAUAAGGGAUGUGAACUUUCUUCAGUUGAUGCUACCAGUGGAUCAUGCGAUUUCAUCUUGCAAGUUCAGUGUACAUUUGCCAGAGGGAAGCAGAUGCCCAGUUUCUGUUAACCAUUUAAUUAGAAACAUCUCUGGAUUUCAUUUGACUGUCCCUCAUUUAUGAUUAAAUUCACCAGCAAUGAAAGAUGCCAAGUUUGCCCAAACAAUUUAAGUGACCAUAAUCUUGCGCACAGAUUUUAUCUGCAAGAGACUUAGUACAUUAUAUACUGUAUGGAGGUUCAUCAUUAUAACCAAUUCAGCCUGCUUAAUGCAAACAAUGUUCCCUGAUUCAUUGUUUGUAUUCUAUUUAACGUGGGUUAUAGAAACGUGUUAAAGCAAAACCACCUGUACUUUGGCAAUGUGCUGCACUUCUAGCUUGUAAACAAUUUGGUUAUUCCCAAAACAAAAUUGCAAAAUCACUAAACCAGCCUCUUACGGCAUUUAAUGAUUACAUAUUUUUUAAAUGGGUUACAGCAGACAAUUGUGAUAUUGAGUAAAUGUCAUAGAUGGUAUGAGGAGCAAUCAUGUCAAAGAAUUGUCCCAAAAUAGGAAUGCUAUUGGAAUGUAGGAAAGAAAAGGCUCCCUCAAUGGUUCAGCAAUCUCUAUUCAAUGAGUUCCUGGCCUUGAUUCCAAACAGGUGUAGGGUCAGUUUGACGUUUUCUAGCUGGGGGUACGACAUUUAGCCUUUGGUUGAGGGGAGACUAAAAAAACAGACAAGAAUUCCACUGUUGAACCUGUGUUGCUGGUGUAGGCUUCAGGGUAGCAUCUGGUGUAGUCGUGCUGUUUAAUAUUCAGCAAACAGGUUUUAAUGUCCAGAUUGGACAGAUACCAGAGGGUAAAUUGUGCCUUGGCAAGGAGCCAAGAUCUGGAUGGAAGGGACAAAUGUUAAGUUUGGUUAAAAAGUGUCAAUUGGGGCAGUAACAAAUUGUUCAACUGGUUUGCUAAAAUUGGCUCCAAUAUAUAGAGCGGAUAACUUGAUCCCUUUUCCUGCAAACAUCUAUCACAAGUUUGUUUGUUGUAACAGCAAAUUGUUUCCUAGUUGUAAUUUAAAGGUGUGUUUAGUUUAGUUUACAGAUACAGCAUGGAAACAUGCCCUUCGGCCCACUGAAUCCACGGCAAACAUCGAUCACCAGUUUCCACUAGUUUUAUGUUAUAACUUUUUCAUCCACAUUAGGGGCAAUUUUACAGAGGCCUAUUAACCCGCAUGUCUUUGAGAUGUGGAAGGAAACCGGAGCACCCAGAGGAAACCCAUGUGGUAACAGGAGAAAAUGUAAACUCCACAUGCACAGCGCUCGAGGUCAGGAUUGAACCUGUGUCUGGCGCUGUAAGGCAGCAGAUCUACCAAGUGUACCACUUACAAUAACAUCUUUGGAGCCAAUAUUGCACAGAAUUAAAUCACAAACUCUUCAGCUCAACUGGCUUGUUUUCCUGUUUGCAUGGAGGAUGUAUAGCCCCCGUUGCACCCCUCAUCGUAGGAAUAGAAGUUUCAAGCCUGCUUUGCAACCAAAGAACUCAAACUGGUGCAAAUCCAUUCAUUUUGAUGCAAAAUAAAUUUGAAUGACUUGUAUAUUGUGAAAAUAGAAUUGUUCCACCAUUUUAUAAAAUGUUAAUCCCACAGAGGAGGCAGAUAGGUCCAAAGAAAACAUAUAUUACUUUUAGGUGAUAACUUGUGUUAACUGGAUCUGCACAAAGGAACUGUUUUUGUAAAUGACUGUAACUACGCAAAUAGUCACUUUAUUUUGUCUACUUUUAUUUGGUUUAACCAUAAUUUGAAUGAGUCAAUUUGUGUUUGUGCAGUUAUACAUGUAUUCUCUUGGGCAUCAGGUGUUUGAUUUACUACAGAAUAUAAAAAAUAUUGUAAACAUGCGAGUCAAACGUAUCAAAUUAAGUAUCUCCCAGACUUUGGUAAGGCUCCAAGAGUCGUAUUAUAAAAGGAGUAAUUGUUUCGGUGGAAAUUGAAAAAUUAUUUCCAGGUAGGUGUGCUGCCCACAGAGUUGAUCAGUAUGGUUCAUUCAAAUAUUGAUAUAAUUGCCUGCCACUUGUGAUGUUUUAAGAGUGUAAUAAAAUUGCUGGUUUUUGCAA